UCCGCCGCCAAAAUGCUCAUUUCACAGAAGAAAUAUUUUGCUUUUCGGGAGAAGAGCCCAACAAAGCGGCCCUGCUUAUUUUCAACCAGAAAAGUGACAAAAAUAAUAUUAUUGCGAACCGAAGAUGUACGCCAGGACAAACGCGGGCAGCACACAUGGGGACUUUCAGGACAGAAACGGAGUGAACUACGUUUCUUCGACAGAGUCUUUCGGCCACUGCUCUCAAUUGUUCUGGAAAAAGGACCCGAACGAUUCCGGACCGAGUUCUGCCAUCAGCUGGUGCGACCAGCUGCCUCCGUCCUCCGCUGCCCUCUCCAGCUCCAGUCUCUCCUCCACGUCGCUCUCCAGCUCCAGUCUCUCCAUGGAGUCCAGAGCACCGGCGCCUCCUCCCCCGCCGCCGCCGCCGCCGACCACGACGGCCUCCGACGACACGGAGUCAGACGAGAGGCCGUACGUCUGCGACCUGUGCAGCUGCGCCUACAAGCACGCUAGCUCGCUCCUCAACCACAAGCUCACCCACAAGACGGGAGACUUCAAAUGCGACUUCUGCAGCAAGCCCUACACCAACUACAUGUCCCUACGCAACCACAUGCGAAUCCACGGUCAGAAACGCUACAUGUGCGACCUCUGCGGGAAGGCCUUCCGCCUGGCGCGGUACCUAAGGAACCAUCAGAGGAUACACGACGACGGGCCCAACCGCUUCGACUGUCCGUCCUGCUGCAAAAGCUACAGGACCAUGCUGGAGCUGGCGCAGCACCGCUGCAGCGCCGCCGCCUCCAACCAGAACCGGUUCAACUGCCCGUCCUGCUUUAAGAGCUACAGAACCAUGCUGGACCUGGCCCAGCACCGCUGCAGCGCCGCGGCCAAAAACCAGACUGGCGGUCGUCGAUCCAAUUUCUCUGCGACUCCGCGCCGUCAGCAGCAGCAGCAGAACAAUGCUAACUCGAUGAUGCAGCCGCAGCAUGGAGGACACGCCCAGCAGGAACCGCUACCCUCCCACUGUGUGGCAGCCAUGGCCCAGGGCGGGCAGGGGGGCGCUGUGGCUGGGCAGCCAGUGCCGGACCCUCACCAGCAGGGCCGACCCAGCCCCGUGUCUUCUCAGAGCGGCCAGCAGAGUAUGAGGAGCUCAUCGACCAACAAACACGCCCCCCCCCCUAAUGCCGCCCCGUCCUCCUCCUACUCCCUGCUGCAGCCCCUGGUGCCUGAGGUAAAGGAGAUGAACUCGGGAUACACUAGACUGAGCGCCAACCCCAUGAAGCACCAGGACACUUUCUCCUUGGCCCCCCAGCGGCCGCUCCCCACCAUCAACCCCAUAGGCCACUCUCUACAUCCGAACGGAGGGCCGUCGCUCAAGCCCUCCCCCGUGCCACGGACCAUCCAGGCCAUGCCCUGGGAGCAGCGCUCCCUCUACAAUCAGUGAGAGCUCCUCCUCGCCAACAACGCAGCCUCUUCUUCCACCCUGCCCCUCCCACACCCACACAUGAGGAUGGAGGACCCCUGAAUGCCCCCCCACCCCCCGCCUCAGCUUUCUGGACCUCUCCUUGGGAAUGCCGUGUGUGGGAAUGGGGGAGGGGCCCCGUUGAGAACUAGUUGAGAUUGAUUUCUAAGUAGUUAGGUUGAAAACAAUGUGUUGCCUUGACCCUCAUGUAUGAUCUAUGCCAUGUACUGGAUAUAAGUUAAAAUGUCUUUACCCCCCCACCCCCCCAUCCUGAUGACAAUUUAUGUCCCCUUCCUCUUUUUUCCCCCCAUAGUUAUGAAAAUAUCUAUCCUUCCCUUUAUGAAUAGUGCUCCCAAACCCUUUUUCCUUUUGUUGAAUGAGGUAGAACGUUUUCUUUUGUUUCAGGAGCCAAUCCCAAAUCCAGAACAAGAACCAAGUGGUUGUAAAAUGUUACAGAUUUCUUCCAG